AAUUUUCAGUCCGUUUCAACAAUUCACGAUGGUUUGUCGGAAUCCUCGUUCAGAAGCACGCGAAGUUUGGUUUUAUUAAUUUUUGUGGAAUAGCUGGUUAUGGUACUCUGUGGAUAAUUGAUGAUAGCACGGCGCCUCCUCCCCCAUCAUUUCAUUGGAUUACGAUAAUUCCCCAAACGACGGUGACCAGUAUUGCUAAAUGUAUUGAUCCAACAUCCUUGGAAGCUCAGUGAAAAGUUUGAUCUUGGAACAAAAAAAAAACUGCAGCAGCAAUGGGAAAUCGGUUCAACCCAAACCACCGAUAUACCGUGCAGCCAAGUGCUUACAGCAAAAAACACCGCCUCCGACAGUGAAAGACAAAGUGACUAAGCAUCGCUCGAAUUGUGAAGAAGGAUAUUCGAUAACUGUGUGCCAUAUCGCACUGCUUCAGAUCCGGGUAUUCCUGAUUGAUUGAUUUUUAUAAAUUAAUCCGGUUGUGUUUUGUGUGUCCUUAUGUGUUACCUAAUUUGCCAUAUGAGUUUAUUGUUUACCAUCCUUGAAAAUGGAAAGACCGAGAGGUUCUAGGUUUUACACAAAAAGGUCGGAGCAUUAUAAUAAUCUGCAGAAGCAAGAGGAGGAGAAACUGAACAAUAACAACAAUCUGCACCAAACCGCCCAUCAUCAUCAGCCGUUGCAUCCGAAUUCGCAACAACAUCAGCAGCAGCAGCAGCAGCACCUCCAGCCGGGACAGCAUCCUCUGAAGGACAACUCCAACAUCCAGCAGAAGCAAUCAUCCGUAGUUAAAAUCGAACUAUUGCGCAAUUCCCAACCGGAAGCGCAACAAGGCGGAGCGCGUCUUAUCAAAACUGGUGCCCAGUCUCCGGCAGCUGCCUCAACAGCUCCUGCUCAGCUCUCGCCUCACACAACAACCGGAGGAAGUCCUUCGACAGUUUCCCAUCUCCGUUCGAUUAGACCAUUCCCGACAUCCGUGACCGCUUCCUCAGGAGGUUCGACGACGACAACCAACACAACCGCCGCAAAUAAUUCCAGCACCGGUGAACGACCGCUCAAGUGUUUGGAGACCCUAGCGCAGAAGGCUGGUAUCACUUUCGACGAGAAGUACGACCUUCCCAAUCCUACGCUGGAGAAAUCACAGAGUCCAGCGCAGGUGGCACACCAAACGUCGGUGCCCCUGCAGCUGUCCCAAGAACAAAUCCAACAAUUCCAGCAAUUCCAGCAGUUUCAGCAGGCCAUCACUGCUGGAGCUGCUACCAUCCAGGUUAAGCAGGAAUACAAUCCACCCCAGCAACAGCAGACGAAUGCCGGCGGCGGGCUUGAUCAACAACAACAGCAACAACAGGUGCAACAAAUGCAGGUUAUUGAGGCAAUUGGUGGGGCUCCAUCCCAGGGCGCUCACCAUGCGCAAAAUGCUCAAACACUGCCACAGCAACAACAACAAACCGCUACUAUUAACACAAUGUCCCCACUUCAGGCAAUGGCUGCUGGUCAACAACUCUCGGCUGACUGGCAACAUGGGCGCGUUCAAGUUCUUCAGCAGCCGAUCCAAAACCAAUAUCUCCAGCAACUCUACGGAUCCCAGCAGCUGUUACUCCAUCCCGGGAUCGGUGGCCAACAGCAGAUUCAACUGAUUGCAGCCUCCAAGCCCUUCCAAGGAACGCCACAAAUGUUGGCUGCUGGCCCCGGAAAGCAAGUAAUUGGAACAGGUGCCGGCAACUUCAGUGGAGCUUACGCCCUGCCAACCAUCCCUUCCAGCCAAUCACAAACGCUUCUUUUCAGUCCCGAUGUUCAGAAACAACUGACGGUUGCUGCGGCAGCAGCAGCAGCAGGGGCUGCUGGUCAGAAGGUACAACUGCAGAAAAUUGGCACAAGUAUUUCUGCUGCUGGCCAACAACAGAGUGUCACUACUCUGACCCAGCAACAGGCAGCCGGUCAACAGUGUGUCCAGGUCUCGCAAGGUACGAUGCCAACAGCUCAGCUGCUUGGUCCUCUCCAGCAGCAAGGGGCUCAGCAAAUGCAGUUUACUGCCCCCUGGCAAAUUCAAGGAAUGGGUCAAUUUUGGACAGCAAAUGGACUACAACCCCAAAUUCUGGCGUCGAACCCGAUUAUUUUCCGUGGAACGGCUCCCGAUGGUAGUAGUAAUAUGUUCAUUCAGCAAAAUCCACAGCAGGCAAUCCAACAGACCCAAGCACACGGCCAAACGCUGACUCUUCCGUGCACAAUUGCCCAGCAGCCUCAACAAGCACAGCAACAACAACAGCAGCAACAACAGCAACAACAACAACAGCAACAGCAGCAGCAACAACAGGCCCAAUCUCAACAGCAGCAGCAACAACAACAACAGCAGAAUCAACAGACACAACAAGCACAAACUACACAACAACAACAGCAGCAGCAGCAACAGAAUGCCGCGCAACAGCAGGCAAACGUUGCUGCCCAGUCCCAGAACGCCACCACAACCACAAUUCAACAGAAGACCGCAGGUCAUCUAGCCCCCAAGCAGGUUCAGCGUCCACAACUCCUACCACAAGGCGUUUCCCCGAUCCGUCCGUCCGCUUCGACACAAACGGUCCAAGCUCAGCAAAAUCUUCUCGCGAAGGGAGGAAAAAUUCGUACUAAACAGCAACCAGUGCGUCCUUCGGGACCUGUACAAAUCAAAACUGCAGAUAUUGCCACUGCUCAGGCGAAGCUUGGCCAGCAGCAGCAACAGCAGCCACAGAUGCAGCAGGUUGUGACCACCGGUGGGAAGAUGGUGCUCAUGAACACGGGAGGGCAAAUCAAUCCUUCAUCUGUACUGAAUAUCCAACCGAUGCUUACUAACGACAAACAACAACAGCUUCAGCUCCAACAGCAGAUAAAGAAUGCCCAACAGCAACAGCAUCAACAGCAGCAGCAACAGCAUGUGCUGUUACAACAGCAGGCCCUUCAACAACUUCAGCAGCAGCAUGCUCUUCAACAGCAACAACAACAACAGCAGCAGCAACAACAACAGCAACAGCAGCAACAACAACAACAACAACAGCAGCAGCAGCAGCCGCAGCAGCAAACACCACAACAGCAGAUUCACCUUCUGCAGCAACAAUUCCUACAGCAAUCUAAUCAACAGAGUCAGGCUAAUCAACUCGUCGCUGGUGCGCAAGCUGCCGUUACCCAAUCUGGUCAAUUGGUGCAGACCACAGCUGGAACACAGCAGGGCAAUAUUCUGCAGCAGUUCGUGUUCCAGCAUCAAGGUCAACCAAAUCAGUCCGGCAUAUCGAUGAUCAAUGUCACUUCCUCUGACACAAUUCUUCAGCAACAGCAGCAGCAGCAACAACAACAACAUCAACAGCAACAGUUGCAGCAACAACAUCAGCAACAUCAUCAAGGACCGAAUGCUGCCCAAAAAGGAACCACACAGAUGAUUAUCACCAAUCAGCUGCCACAGCAAGCCGAUCGUACUAGCGCUAGUGUCGCCCAAUCGCAGACCCUCCAAAUUGAGCGAACAAUUUUGCCGGUGGUUUCAAUCGCUGGAAUGACUUCCGCACCGAUCGUUGUCUCUAGCAAUGGAGCAACAAUCUCCCCCAUCAAUCAGCAAGGACAACCCGGACAGCUUCAUGGCACCCAAACCGGUCCUAGCGCUACCCAAAUGCCGCCCGGUACUCCACACCCAUCCCAAAUCCUUGUCUCAACUAUUCCAACAUCGGUUCAGCAGCAACCCAACGCCCAAAAUCCGAUCGUUGCAAUGACCUCCCUCUCCGCGGCCCCACUGUCCGCAGCGACCAUGAUGGUGAGCUCGGUCAACGCCCCUCCGGUACCAUCCACUGCCAUUACCACUACCUCGGUUACCACCAGUCAGGCUCCGGUCGUUUCCGCUUCCAUUACGACCACCUCCGCGAAGGAAAGUGCCGAUCUCAAGGCGGCCAGUGUGGCGAUGCUCCAGUUGCAGCAUCUUUCCACCCCGCAGAAGCAAAUCCAGCACCAGCAGAUGCUGGAUAGUAUGAAUGCUGCCGCGGCCGCCGCCGCCGCUGCAGCGUCCGCUUCGUCUCCUGUCGCAGGCGGUGGUACCAUGACGACGGUUGGGUCCCCCUCGACGGUUAACAGUACGGGGCCCACCCUCACAAUGACCAUGCAGAGAACAUCGAUGGGGACCCCUACACAUUCCGUUGGCGGCGUUGGCAACAAUGGGCUUCUGUCGGCCGGCAGUACACCAACUGGGGCUGGGGAUCAGAUGAGACUUCACGGGGGACUCCACACUCCGACCAAGGCGAUCGGAAGCAGCGUUAGUGCCGAUACGACGGCGAAGGACAAAACGGCGGGCGACGUUAUCAGUGGGAAAGAUUCUGUGCAGAAUACAGCUGCUGCAGCGGAUAGCGCAUCCGAUGCGCAAUUAAACAGUUCGACGCCGAUGGACACUUCGUCGUCUGUUGUCCCGUCGGGCGCUCUUUUGACGACGGUCCCGGUCCCGGUAACGACAACUUCAUCCGUGCCCGUCACGCCAACAACAACAGCACCAGUAGCUGCGGGCGCAGCAACACCAACAGCGUCAGCCCAACCAGCUGUCGCCUCCUCGGACGAGCCGACAGAUGCGGUGAGCACAACCACAACGACGCCCCAAACGACGACAACGACAACCACGCUCUCCACUACGACUAGUUCGGUUUCAUCGGCCGCUUCCAUCACCAACACCAUUGCGGCCGCGAGCGUCGUAUCCACGGUGACGGCCACAUCCACCGCCCCAGCCGGCUUUGGCUGUGCGAAUGGUUUACUCUCGAUGGCCACGACGGCUGUGGUCACGUGUACGAACACGACGACGCUGACCAACGCCAGUGGUGGCGGCGCUUUGACGACAAACACCACCACCACCACCACCCCGACAAGUUUGACCCAGAACAAGACAGGUACCACGGAUAAGGGUGGUCUGCCGAAGGCGAUGAUCAAACCGAACAUCCUGCUGCACGUUAUCGAUGGCUACGUGCUGGAGGAAUCGGAUGAACCGUUUCCGGUUCAGCGGCAGCGGUACCCGGAGCGGGAUGCCAGUGAUGAGCCUCCGAAGAAACGCAACACCCUCGAGUCCAACUCUCCCAUCUCUCCGCAUCAUCCGCAGCAGCAACAACCACCAUCCUCCCAACAGACGCUCCAACCGCCACAGCCGAUUGGUUCCGACAUGGGCAACUGUGAGAUCUGCGGCAAACCGGAGCUGCGCCAGAAGAUGAAGCGGAAACGAUUCUGCAGCGUCGAUUGCGCUCGCGCGGCCAAGCAAAACUCAACAGAUCGCGGUAGCUCACCAUCGUACAACGGCACCGGUGAGGCCCACUCCACUAGCGCCGGGGCCGGCAAUAGACUGGGAGAGCACCACCCGUCGUCGGUGACGACCACCGUGAAUCCAGUGGCACCGUCCAACAUCAAGCUGGAACGACCGGAACCGAUGGAGCAGUCGCCGUCUGUUCACCCGGCGCAGUUUGCGGUGACUCCAAUGGAGACAGGCGCUGCCACCGUCCCGGUCGCACCAACACCAGCUGCCGAGGAGACACCGAUCAUUAAAAAAUGGUCGGUCCAAGAUGUAUACGAUUUUGUUAAGAGUCUGCCAGGAUGCAGUGACUACGCGGAGGACUUUGCCAACCAGGAGAUUGAUGGUCAGGCCUUGCUGCUGAUUAAGGAAGAUAACCUUGUCAAUACGAUGGGCAUGAAGCUGGGACCUGCGUUGAAAUUCAUGGCAAAAGUUCACUCUAUAAUUGCCAGUUCCAACCCGGACGGACAGCAGCAGCAGUCGUAGAAAAAUCCUUAGAUACUAUAAACUGCACCUUCUUCCCUCCCCCGACUUUGUCCACUUUGAAUAGACUGUACAUUAGUUUAUUAUUUGUUUGUAUAUAUCCAUCUGUAAAUAGACCUCUGUUGUUUGGGGCUAGCUAUAAAAAUGUCUAUACAAUUUGCAUUAAGAUUAUUUUUUUAACAUAAGGAUAUUUCUCAUUACGGAGAAGCUUAAUUUUACUUUGUUCCAAAUAAUAAGUUAUUUUAUGUAGCAAAAUAUCCUCGAAGUACUUGUGUACAAGCAGUUGACAUUCGAUGGGCAAAACAAAAGAUGAUCAAUGUUAGAGUUUUCCAAAAACUCGCUGUAAAUAGGUAUUAUCCACUAUCACCGCAAAUAGUAUUUUUAAGAACAAUUUUGCUCGGAAUAAUCGAAUGAUCUAAAUGUAGUAAGUUAAUCGAAUUGACUUUGUCCUUCAUAGGAAUUCAAACAGAGCUCAGCAAGACCAAUGUUUUAUAUACUGUACACAUAGAAAAUGAAAAAAUACGAUCAAAACUAUUUGAAAACACUUUCUUGAAACUCCACACAAUUCAUUUUUCGGAAGUAAAAAUGCGUAGAUUUGCCAAAUUGAGGAAAGCAAAGUUUGUUUGCUUUAUCGGAACUGUAAAUAUUGUCACUAAAUUCAUCGUAAAUAUUACUAAUAGAAUUCUGAAUCGGAAAAAAGUACGGAUGGAAUGUAAUUCAACGAACGUUUUAAAAUAAAACAAUUGAAAAUAA